GCCAACCUAGCUCAGCCACAAGCCAGUACACUCUAGCUAGCUACUAGCUUCGUAGCAAUGGCGCCCUCCAAGCUCACCCUCUUCCUCGCCCUGAGCCUGGUCCUCGUGGGAACCUCGCACGGUUGCGGAUCGUGCGGCAACACGCCGUCCGUGCCAGUCCCAACGCCGCCGAUCGCCGUACCACCGCCAGCCGUCCCAGUGCCAACCCCGCCGAUCGCCGUGCCCCCGCCGGCCGUCCCAGUACCAACCCCGCCAAUCGCCGUGCCCCCGCCGGCCGUCCCAGUACCAACCCCUGGCGGCGGCGGCACUUGUUCGAUCAACACGUUGAAGCUGAGCGCGUGCGCCAACGUACUGAACCUGCUGAAGCUCAACCUCGGCGUGCCGGCGAGCGAGCAGUGCUGCCCGCUGCUCAGCGGCCUCGCCGACCUCGACGCAGCCGUGUGCCUCUGCACAGCCAUCAAGGCCAACGUUCUUGGCAUCAAGCUCAACGUCCCCGUCGACCUCGUGCUGCUUCUCAACCAGUGCGGCAAGACCUGUCCCGCCGACUUCACCUGCCCCAACUAAAUCCAUGGAUACGUCGAUCGAUCUACAUAUGACAAACCAUGCAUGUUGUACAUGCAUGCGUACUCGUCGCCCCGUGCAUGCAUGCAUGCUUACGUUUUCUUUUCCACUGAGUAUGUAUAAGCUAGUCAUCGAUCAUUGUAUCCCGUACGUUAUGGUAUCUAGAUGAUUCGCAUAUUUGUAAAAGUAUAUACAUACUUGUACACGUACGUGGAAUAAAAAGUUUGUUCAAGUUGUGUUAGCUA